AUGCCUCACCAGAGACGCAAGUCGGGCCACGGCCACAGCGGUGCCGACAUCCGCAAGUCCGACUCCUCCAGGCAGGUUCGCCCUACCAUAUCGCGUCGAUACACCCCUACAACGAUACAACGCUCGUCGAGGACUCCGCGCUACGAAUCGUCUUCUGAAGACGAGAGCUUCCCACAAUUCUGCAUGUCUUGCGAGAAGCAAUUCCUCCCGGCCAGCGACAACUUUCUCUACUGCUCUGAAAGCUGCCGCCGAUCCGACCAGUCCUCGCAUUCUGCCUCAUACAGCUCCUACAGCGGCGCCAACGACUACAGCUUGGCCCGUCGUCAAUCGUACUACGGCUCCGACUCCGAGCCCAAGGAUAUCAUCCCGCAGGCAUCGCCAUCCAGGCCUGGCUCCAUGCUUCUCGCGACGUCACCUCCCGCAACUCCCGGCACAUACUACGGAUCCAAGCCGGAGUCCGCCCUCUCCGCACUCCGUUCCCUGACGGCGAUCCACCCGCCCAGCCCACCAUCACCAACAAGCAGCGCUGGUGGAUUCUGGCUUUUUGGGAAAAGCACUGCCACGAGCCCCAGCUCGUCGUAUGCCCGUCCUUACAUGAUGGAAACCAGCCAUACGUACCACGGAUCCACCGACCGCCCGCUUCCAUCAAGGUCGUCCCGCCCCAAGAGCACCGAGCUCGUCACUCCCAUAACUGGCAGGUGA